ACGAUGACGUCACUGUCCGUAGUGUUUGACGUCAUAAGCGCGCGCUAUCCAUGCUACUGCUUCCGAGGUAGUGCAUGGAUAGCGUUUAGCUCAAUCCCCACCAUUGUCUAUUUUAAACACAUGUCAUCUCUCUUUUAAGAAAAAUGGAACAAAAUAAAAGAUUAUUGUUGGCAGUGGCACUUAUAGUGCGAGAAUUAGAGUCUUCAUCAUCUGAAAGUGACGAAGAAUUAGAAAUGAUAAGAAGGAACGUAAAUCCAAGAAGACGUGUUCCAAGAAUUGAAAAUUAUGUGGAAAGAGUUAUACCGGCGUUAACAAAAGAAGAAUUAAAGCCCACUUCAGGAUGUUUCCUGAAACCUGCGAUUACAUUUUAUCGUGUAUUGAACAUAAAUUACAAAGGACAACGUAUGGAACACCUAUGAUUCCUCCACGAACACUAUUUUUGUUGGCAUUAUGGAGAUUAGCUACUCCAGAUUCUUUUAGGUCGAUUUGUGAACGAUUUAACAUUGGCAGAAGCACUGCACUGUACAUAACGAGACGAGUUGUAAAAGCGCUCGUUGAGCUCACACCUAUUAUUAUUAAAUGGCUUUCAGAUGAAAGAGUAAAUGAAGUAUGGGCAGGAUUCGAAAACACAAGUGGUUUUCCCAAAGUCAUUGGUGCUAUAGAUGGCACGCAUAUUAACAUUCCAGCCCCAAGAAAAGAUCCUGAGUGUUAUAUCAAUCGGAAAGGACAUCACUCUAUUCAACUUCAGGCUAUCUGUGAUCACAAGUGCCAAUUUACUCAUUGUUACGUUGGACAUGUUGGAUCUGUUCAUGAUCAACGAGUAUUCCGUCAGUCUGAAGUGCAAAGUUACUUGGGAAAUGCAACAAAAUUUCCCCAAGAUAGCCAUUUAAUUGAUGACUCGGCUUAUAAACUGCAUCAAAAUAUGAUGAUACCGUAUCGAGAUAAUGGUCACUUAACACACCGACAAAAAAAUUACAAUUUUUGUCAUGCCUCUACAAGGAUUGUCAUUGAAAGAGCGUUUGGCUUGUUAAAGGGAAGAUUUCGAAGUUUAUUAACUAUUUUCGCCAUGGAUCGAGUCGAUCUAAUUCCUGUGCAUAUUCUUGCAUGUUGCAUACUACAUAACAUUUGUAUAAUGAGAGGCGAUGAAAUUGAUCUUGAAUUAAAUAUGGAGGAGACAAUGGAUGUGAUAGAAGACAAUGCUGAAAAUGUACCUGCUUGCGCAGGUAGUGCCAAAAGAGAUAUGAUAUCUAAAACCUUACGAAUUAGACAUGUAUAAUAGUGUUCGGAUUUUAUAUAAAGCAUUUAUUUAUCUAUAUAUUUCUAUACGAAACAUUUAUUUAGAAAAAUAUUUAGAAUUAUGUUUGCAAUAUCUAUUUUAUUUGAAAUUUAACUAUACAUUUAACGAAUAACUAAAAAGAUUAAAGCGUAAUUUUUUUUUUAAAUCUAAAAUUAUUUUAUUUUAAACUUAAUCUUUAUUUUAAUGUUUUUUUAAUAUUAAUAUUUUUUCACAUAACCACUUAUCAUUAAAUUAAUAUAAUUAUUUGUUGCUAGUUGUUAAAAAUAUACUGGAGGUUGUAUAAAGAAAUGUCGAAACUAAGUGAUAAAUAUGUAGAAAAUACUUUUAUUAUAAAAAUGUAAAGAAUUAUAUUUAUAUCAAUAUAUUUUGUAUUUUAUGUAUUACAAGUUAGUAUAUUAAAUGUAAUAUCACAAGUAUUAUAAAUAAAAAUCUUAUA